CGUUGGAAACAUCGAUCCAUUUGUUUAUGGGGUCGUCUGCUAAAAAUUGUACUUCUUUUUUGAAGCUACUUUUUUUCAUCCCUCGAUUCCCUCGGAAUUUUAAAGAAAAUUUUAUUACUAUGCAGUGAAUUUGUGCAUUUUAUUAGUGUCUAUAGUAAAUUCAACGAUGCCUGGAACUGCGCAGGAUAAUACGACUGAACUCGGCGAAAUUGAAAAUGUCCGUGUUGUCGUACGUGUUCGUCCUUUACAUGGCAAAGAAUUGGAACAACAUUGCAAAAUAAUAACGAAAGUUGAUACAUUAAAUGCCGAAAUAACAGUUGAAAAUACAAAUGCAACGCAUGGAGAGCCGCCAAAAGUAUUUUCAUUUGAUGCAGUUUUUGAUACAAACACGAGUCAAGUUGAUAUUUACAAUGAAACCGCACGGCCAAUUGUUGAUAAAGUUCUGCAAGGGUACAAUGGAACAAUAUUUGCCUAUGGACAAACGGGAACCGGUAAAACUUAUACAAUGUCCGGGGCAAAAACUUCGCCACAAUUACGCGGUAUCAUUCCAAAUACGUUUGCCCAUAUUUUCGGUCACAUCGCCAAGGCUGAUGAAAAUCAAAAGUUCCUAGUGAGAGCUACUUAUUUGGAAAUUUAUAAUGAGGAAGUUAGAGAUUUGCUGGGAAAGGAUCAGAAUACAAGACUUGAAGUGAAAGAGAGGCCAGAUAUUGGAGUUUUUGUUAAAGAUUUAAGUGGAUACGUUGUUAAUAAUGCCGAUGAUUUAGACAGAAUUAUGACACUUGGCAACAAAAAUCGUGUGGUGGGAGCGACAGCAAUGAAUGUUUCGAGUUCGAGAUCACAUGCGAUAUUUUCAAUUACCGUGGAAUCUAGUCAACCUGGUGAGGAUGGUGAACAGCAUGUGAAAAUGGGAAAACUCCAUUUGGUUGAUUUGGCUGGUUCUGAGCGUCAGAGCAAGACGAAAGCAAGUGGAGUUCGUUUGAGGGAAGCGACAAAAAUUAAUUUAUCACUUUCAACAUUAGGUAAUGUUAUUUCCGCCCUUGUCGAUGGUCAAAGUUCCCAUGUGCCUUAUAGAAAUUCGAAGUUGACAAGAUUGCUGCAAGAUUCCCUGGGUGGUAAUUCGAAAACUCUAAUGUGCGCAAAUAUCAGUCCAGCGGACUUAAAUUAUGACGAGACUAUAAGUACAUUGCGAUAUGCGAAUAGAGCGAAAAAUAUAAAGAACAGAGCGAGAGUGAAUGAGGAUCCAAAAGAUGCUCUUCUUCGGCAAUUUCAAGUUGAAAUUGAACAAUUGCGAAAACAAUUGGAGGAAAAUUCUGGCGAACUUUCUGAUACUGAAGUGGAAACUGACGAGUCUGAAGAAAAUGGUAGUGGAGAGUCGAAAAGGGAGAGAAAAUCACGACAUCGUAGGAGUCAAAUGAUGACAAUGGAGGAACUCGACGAUGCAGUUGAAGAUGGAGAGAAAGUUGAUAAGGCUGAGAAAGAUGACAAAUUUUCCGACGAUCACGAUGUUAAUGAACUUAAACGCACACAGAGUGAGAAGGAGGCGUUAAGAGAAAAAAUGCAGAAUUUACAGAAUAAAAUUCUGGUUGGCGGUGAGAAUUUAUUGGAAAAAGCUGAGGCGCAAGAGCGAUUACUGGCGGCAUCGGCAAUUGAAUUAGAGGAGAGAAAGAGUCGUGAGGAACAAUUGAAGAAGGCAAUUGAGGAAAAGGAAGCUGAACGAAUUGAUAUUGAGGAGAAGUAUUCAUCGUUACAGGAAGAGGCUGCGGGUAAAACAAAAAAAUUGGCGAGAAUUCAGACAAUGUUGUUGUCAGCGAAAGCUGAACUUUCCGAUUUACAAGAGGAGCAUCAACGCGAAAUGGAAGGACUCUUGGAAUGUGUCAGGGGCAUUGGAAGGGAAUUACAAUUGCAGGAACUUAUUCUAAAUAGUUAUAUUCCCGCGCAAUAUCAGACUAUGAUUGAGAGAUAUGUCCAUUGGAAUGAGGACAUUGGUGAAUGGCAACUAAAGUGCGUUGCUUAUACUGGAAAUAAUAUGAGAAAAGCACAAGCCGCACCUGCAGUUGGAACCAAUAAAGACCAAACACUUCCGGAUUUAUCGAAUAUUUUCCUCUCGUAUAAUACUGAGUCGGAAACGAAUUUAGCUCCGCCAAAAAGAAAUAGAAGUCGAUCUGGAGUCCCGAGACCGACUACGGCUCAUCGACGAACACCUCUUCAAUAAUUAUUCAAAAAUUAUUUAUUUCACAAUCACUAGAUAUGCAUUUUUAGAGAAUAUUUUUGCUUAUAGUAUAUAUAAUAACUCUUAAAUUUUCGAACAAAGAAAAAAUUAUAGAGUGAAUAUAAUUAAUUCUAUCGAUGGUUGCAAUACUAUAAAAUAAUUUUUGUUAUUUUUUUUUUAAUGGAAAAAAUUCUUUUUUUUUU